GUCAAGAUCCAAUGUCCGAAAAACGGGGUAGAUCGACCUCUCGGUCACAGGCAGAACCAUCUCCUGCUUCGGAAAACCCUCCACGGUCCACCUUCACUCGCAUCUUUCGCUUCUUUCUGUAUCUUAUCUGGAUUCCAGUAUGGCUCUUUAUCUUUGUCCCUCUGGCCAUCGUCAUGGCUCUCCCUUACACUUAUAUCAAAUCAUGUCGACCACAUGAGCGAGACGACGAAGGGCACAAGAAGCGAGUGACUGACAAGUUUGGUCACGAGAAGACAAAACAUCUGGAUUUCAAUCCGUUUCAAGAUCAUGUCAAGCAUCGAAACUUGACCGCGUUCCCUGGCGAAGGUCCGGAAGCUACAGCACAAGGUUUCUGGCGAUCAGUCCGCAUUGGAGUCGUCAGGAGAACUUGGGACAUGUAUCAAGCCCUGAGAGGUAGUUGGCGGAUGAUCAAUCGGCAAGGUCUCCAAGUGGGAGGUGUGGUGUCUGGUCUGAUCAUCAUCAUCUUUCAAGUCAUCAUCAUGGUCUCUGAUCUCACUAACGAGAAUGUCCAAAAGGCUUUCAGAGAUCCAGUCAAUUAUGAGUCGACAGAUCCUCUAUGUGGCUACUUUCUCGGUUCAGGUGUUCCCAACUGGACAGAUGUGUCAGAAACUCGAGUGUGGUACGGGUUCUACCACGUUCAUCUGGGAAUCCUGGCUUUCAUGCUGAUCCUUGACGAGUUAUUCAAUGUACGCAUGGGAAUUUUUGCCCCACAAUGGAGUCGCAUGGGCAAUGGUCAUACGAUCAUGUUUCUCGUCUCGUCUACGGUCACCACAUCACCUCACUGGGGCGAUGGGAAGUUCUUCCGCUUUCGAUAUAUCAUCCUCGUGGUCCUCUUCCUCGGAGGAGUGUACAAUUGGGCUCGAGCGGUCCUCGCUUACCUCUGUCUGAUACCCAAGAAAGACAUUGCAAGGACAUACCGGUACCGACGAUUUCCACUGCGACUAUGGACAGAAAGGGAAUGGCUCCAAGAUCGCGAUACGCCGCCGUUCCGAAAACAUGCCAAGGACCUCAGGAAGGAGAAGAGACGGGUAGAGGCGGCUCAGAAAGCUGGUGACAAACAGGCAAAGAUUCAGAUGAAAAAGCCGAAAUACUGGACCGAGCGAUGUCAAUUGAACCUCGGUGAUCGAAGCGUCCAGCUGGAAGCAAAGGAUAAAAACAAGUAUGAUUUUGGAACAAGAUUCGACAUGGAGGGUGAGGCUGCCGUGCAGACGGUGUACUCGAAGACUGAGGAGCAGACCCAGAUUGAGAAAGGCUCAGUCAUGCGAAACUUUUGGCUCGGCAAUCCAACUGCCCUUCCCUUGGACAUGCGCCGCGAUAAGAAAUGGCUCCGAGAUGCCGCUCGAUAUUCUGAAUACAAGCACGGUGCAGCAUUCUACGGGAUGCAUUACUGGAAUCCAUGGGAGCAAGUCGACGAGUACAAUCGGAGACGUAAAGAAGGAAAACAGAAACAGUUGCCCAAGUACGAGCAUUACAAGUUGAGAUGGCAUCGCAAGAGGUAUUUGACACUGUUCUUUGACGUGCGAAGAUGGCAUUCGAUCUUUUGUGCGUUGAGCAUGUUUGCAAUCCACAUCGCUUUAUUGAUCCAAGCCUAUAAUGGCGGCGGUACUCGAUGGCAAGACUAUGCAGCCCAGUACGAUAAAGCGACGGCAUCUUGGCGGUCAAAUGGCGGUCCGAGUAUCGACGACUGUCAAUACUAUGGCGGGUCGACGAUACCUAUACUGGUCAUGUACGGCGUAGAGGCUUACUCUGCGAUCCAACAAACGAUGUUUUGGAUCGUCAUGUGGCAUAUCCAGAUACUAGGCAUGUGCAUUGCCGUGUUCUUGGUGGCUCUGGGAAAUGACCGACACUGGGGCAUGCACCUAAAGUGGCCGGUGACUCUGGUCGGUCCUAGAACGAGCUCGAUCAGUAUGGGGCUCACCAACGGAUUGAUCGCUUGGUCUACACUUCAACUGGGCUUCUUCCAGGACCAACCUGAGAUGCUCCGAACGCUCACUCGGCUGGCCUGCUAUAACUGUGUCCUCUCUUGGGCAGCUCAUUUGUUCAAAAACGAGUACAUGAAGAAUGUCGUCUGCCGUCGGCCGUUCUUUCGGGCCUUGACGUUCUAUUCCUUUGAGAGGAUGGACUCUGACAAGAUGUUUUGGGAGUACCCUGACUACGACGAGGACUAGAGUAGCAUCUUGUGCUGGUCGUCGAUAGCAUGUUACCGCUCUUCGUGCCGCCGGCUGCUGCAGUUAGUUCCCAAGCUAUCCUCAUGCCACACGACCUAUGUGCCAC